GAUCAGGCCUGAAAACGUUCCUUUCGUUUGAACGUGUGGGACCCGGCGCGCAAUCUCCUGGCUCACCGCUGUUCGCGACGAAAUCUUACGAAUAAGUCGGCCAGGAACAUUAAAACAUGGCUUACAAGGAUACAGGCAAGGCUCCCGUGGAGGCCGAAGUGGCCAUUCACCGCAUCCGGAUCACUCUGACCAGCCGCAACGUCAAGUCGCUGGAGAAGGUGUGCGCGGACCUCAUCCGUGGCGCCAAGGAGAAGAAUCUGAAGGUGAAGGGACCUGUCCGUAUGCCGACUAAGACCCUGCGCAUCACCACUCGUAAGACUCCUUGUGGUGAGGGUUCCAAGACUUGGGAUCGCUUCCAGAUGCGCAUCCACAAGCGCCUGAUUGACCUCCACAGUCCAUCUGAGAUCGUCAAGCAGAUCACCAGCAUCAGCAUCGAGCCUGGUGUAGAGGUUGAGGUCACCAUUGCUGACGCAUAAAAUGGGACACUUGGCUCUUCAUGGCCAGCAACCAAUAAAAGGAAGAAAAAGA